CCCGUUGCUUGCUUCCCCCUCCCUUGCCUUGCCCUUCCCUCUCCGCGCGGCCUCCCGCUGACGUUUCAGUCGCCGGUUUUCUCUGAGCUCGCAGCGUCAGUCCGCCUUCGUCUCAGUGUUCCGAAAGUAAUCGUGGAACGAUUUCCCUUUUGAUUUUCCUGUCGAGACCGAGCCAGCCGUAACCAUGAGCGCCUACUACCCCACCCAGUGCACCCCCACCGUGUACCCCGCGGACCCCUUCGACGCGCAGGCGGACGCGCAGACGCUCCGCGACGCGAUGAAGGGCUUCGGCACGGACGAGAAGGCCAUCACCGACGUGCUGGGCCGCCGGUCCAUCGUCCAGCGGCUGGAGAUCGCCGAGGCCUUCAAGACCAUGUUCGGCAAGGACCUGGUCUCGGAGCUGAAAUCUGAGCUCGGCGGCAUUUUGGAGACGGUGAUAGUGGCCUUGAUGACCUCUCUCCCCGAGUACUAUGCCAAGGAGCUGCACCACGCUAUUUCCGGCCUGGGGACUGACGAGCAGGCUCUGAUCGAGGUGCUCUGCACCCUGAGCAACUACGGCAUCCAAACCGUGGCCGCCACUUACGAGAAGCUGUACGAGCGGCCCCUGGAGAAGGACCUGAAGGGCGACACGUCGGGCAACUUCAAGAGGCUGCUCGUCUCCCUGUGCACUGCCAACCGGGACGAGAACGCAGAGAUCGACCCCGCUGCAGCCCAGGCCGACGCGGAGGCUCUGCUCAACGCUGGUGAGAACCAGUGGGGCACGGACGAGUCGACGUUCAACAUGAUCCUGGCGUCGCGCAGCUACGCCCACCUGCGCCAGGUGUUCAAGGAGUACGAGAGGCUGGCCGACCACGACAUCGAGAAGGCCAUCAAGCGCGAGUUCGCCGGCAGCAUGGAGGACGGCUUCCUGUCCAUCGUCAAGUGCGUCAAGGACAAGACGGCCUACUUCGCGGAGCGCCUGCACGACGCCAUGGCGGGCGCCGGCACCAACGACGGCACCCUGAUCCGCAUCAUCGUGGCGCGGUCCGAGAUCGACCUGGGCGACGUCAAGGAGGCCUACUACCGCCUCUACGAGAAGACCCUCGAGGAGCGCAUUGAGUCUGACUGCUCUGGUGACUACAAGAAGCUGCUCAUCACCCUGGUCGCGUGAAGGGAUAAUGCACUGUCUUCGGGUGAUGGCUGGAUGUCGGGGCGAAGCUUUGAGUAGUGGUCUAGACCCCUCAGUGGACCCAGCCUCCAACAUGAUCUGUUUCGUGUAAUUGCAUAGGUUUUAUGUACCUGUAACAAAGACUUCAUUCCAUUUUUAUUCUCUCGUGUGCACUGGGAAAAUUUGUAAUUUUUUAUUCGUGAUGUUUGGGUUGAAUUUCAUUGCUUCAUCACUUUGCAAUCAAUAUAUUUGAACUAGAUCACUUCGAACUAUUUUCACUAUUUGUUUUUAAAUGGGAAGAUGUAUGUCUUUAUUUUCCUGCACUGCAACUGUUACAAAUGGAAUGUGUUUUAAAUUAAAUUUUGUUAUUGUGCCCUAAAUGUUAAUUUAUUACAUUUGAGUUUUUUUUAAGAGCUUUGAAUAAACUUAUUUUUAAACGCCACAA